AUGGCGAAUUCAUUGGUGAUUGGUUUAAGAAUUCUGUUUGCGGCUUUAGGCUGUGUGAUGGUAUUGACUCUCACUUACACUCUCUCCACCGAUGGUCUUCCUUUUCGCAAGGACCUUCUUACUCCGUGGAUGGCUGCAACCUUGGUUGAUUUCUAUAUCAAUGUUGUACCUUUAGCGGUUUGGAUUUCCUACAAGGAGUCAAACUGGAUUAGUGCAACACUAUGGGUAGUUCUGCUAGCAUGUUUAGGAGUGUGUGAUUUGGGAGUUGAGAAUCUAUAA